CGAACGUCAUACUAACGAUACAUGUUGACAAUCAUAUCAGUUAAAUGAAAGCGUUCCCCGCAUUGCGGUGGUGCAACUCUGUUCAGUUAUUUCUAUUCGUGAUACAUUCGACGUUGAACGUACUAAAUCACCGGGCAGUGUUUCGUAAUUUAUUCUACAAUUGUAUCAGCGCGCGUUCGCUUAUGUGUGAGCAUGUGUGUGUGUGAUAGAUAGGAAGAAGGGCGCCUUGAUAAGAUUGAUAGGAAGAAGAACAAAUAAGAUUGAUAGGAAGGAAACGAUCUUGUUCGAUUGUGAAGAUAUUAAAAGGACUAUUGAUAUUGUAUCAGUUAAAAAAUUGUUCAGCUUCAUAUAUAUUUUUACCUAUCUGAAUACAUAGAUAUCUUGUUUUCUUCUGUUGUCUAUAAAUAAUCGAGGCAAAAAGUAUUUUAAUUUUUAUUGCCGUUAAAUACCACGAUUAUAUAACCGGAUGUAACAUACAGCAUGUUCAAAAAUUCAUAGUGUAAACUGGGCAUACAUAUGUUAAUUUUCUUGUUCACUUCGGUGAAAAUCAUAAACGUGAAGUGCGUUGAAAAAUAUCAACCGUUUCUAAGUUGCAAAUUAUAUUUACUUAAUCAAUAAAGUAUCUUUACUUUAUAAUUGUUCUUAUUGUAAAAGCUACUUGAGAUUAUAUAAUCUCUCUCAACGCAUUCGAUACUUACACAAUUUCAAAAUAGACAUAUAGUAUCGCAACCUGAUAGUUUUCGAAUUUAUAAGUCAGUGUUUGUUACGUUUCCUACAUUCAUAAAUUAGAUACUUGUUCUUUUGUAAAUGCUUUUAUGGUGAAUAAGAAAAUUUUAUAAUGCAUUUUUCUAAAAGAUUUGUAAAAAUAUCUGAGGUAUCAAUAAUUCUUAAUUAAAUUUAAAAAAACAUUUUUUUAAGUCGCAAAAUGGUCAUUUUGAAAUACUUUGAAUGCACUUAAUAUUACUUGUUGCAAUGUAUAUCUAUUUUAUAACUACAUGUAAAAGAAAUUAUUAUGAUAUGAAUGACAGAUAAUAUCGUACCGGACACGAUAAGAAUUUUGUUUCUACUAGAGUCUGCUUCGAUACAAAGUUUAGUGAGUGUAUCGCCUGCUCACACGACACAAGUCUGGCCGGUUAUUUUUUUCUUAGAAUGAUGCUUUCUUCAUUUAAGUCAGUUUCGCGAUAUAUCGCGUACGGAAUUUUAAAUCAUCAAAACCACUCGCGAUGUUUCUCUGUGCUUCAUCAUAAUUUUAAAGGGCGACGUCAGCUUCGAAGAUCAAACAUUCAAGCGAGGGCCAAUUUUUCUCAUGCAGUCAGAGCUGCUCAUAUGUAUAAUCCCGGCGAAUUUCCUUUAAUAGAAAAAACUAUCGGACAGUUAUUAAGCGAGGCAGUUGCAACAUGGCCCGAACGGACUUGCGUUGUUUCGAUGUCUCAAAAUAUACGUUUGACGUUCACCCAGCUUCUUCGGCGGGUGGACUCGUUGGCCGCGGGUUUGAAGAAGCUAGGCCUGCGAAAGGGCGACCGGCUGGGCCUGUGGGCACCGAAUGACCUAGAAUGGUUCAUAACUUUCCUGAGUGCGUCGAGGAUAGGAGUGAUUGUCGUUGCAAUUAACCCCGCUUAUCAGCAAAACGAAUUAGUAUAUUGUUUGCAAAAAGUUGGCGUGAAGACGAUUGUUUCGCCCCACACGUUCAAAACGCAGAAUUAUCCGAAGAUGUUGCUCGCCGCCAAGGAAGUAUGCCCUACUUUGGAAGAUAUUAUCAUUUAUUCGCCCGAACAUGUGACCGGUACACGUCGUUUCGCCGAUGUCGAAGUUUCGGCAACAAAAGAGGAAGUGGAUGCGAUCGCCGCCGAGCAGGACAAGAUAUCAUGCGAUGACGGAUGCAGCAUACAGUUCACGUCCGGUUCCACCGGCAGGUCCAAAGCCACGCUCCUCUCGCAUAAGGGUCUCGUAAACAACAGCAAAGAGGCUGCGCGAAGAGCAAAGAUAACUAUCGAAAACAAGGUAUGCCUAAACAUGCCUCUCUUUCACGCGUUUGGCAUGGUAAUGGGCCAGUUGCUCGUCCUUCACACGGGAAGCACCAUCGUCAUGGAAGAACGCUCUUUCGAUCCAGUAAAAACCUUGGAGGCGAUAGCGCAAGAAAAGUGCGCCAUAACAUACGGAACGCCAACUAUGUGGGCGCACUUGAUCGAGGCACAGCAACGAUUACAGCUACCGACGGACAGCCUUCAGGCCGGAGUUACCGGUGGUGCACCCGCAUCUUCUGAACUCUUUAAGCGAAUUCGAGGCUUGCUGGGCUUCAAUGAUAUGAUGAGCAUAUAUGGCCUCACGGAAACAACAGCUAUAGCAUUUCAAUCGAUGCGUGGAGAGGAUCGGCAUCUUACGGAGAGCACUGUGGGUCAUUUGUCGAAUCACGCUGAAGCAAUGAUCGUCAAUCAAAACGGUUUGCCCGUCCCUUUUGGACAACCUGGCGAACUUUGGGUUCGCGCGUACUGCAAUAUGUUGCGCUACUGGGACGACGAAGAAAAUACGAAGAAGACUUUGACUGAGGACGGCUGGUUGAAAACGGGCGAUCAAUUUGUCUUGCAGGAUAACGGAUACGCUACUAUAGUCGGAAGGCUCAAAGAUAUGCUUAUUCGGGGAGGAGAAAAUAUUUUCCCUAAGGAAAUCGAGGAUUUCCUGAUGACUCACCCUAAAGUGAUGCAGGCGCAAAUUAUAGGGGCGUAUGAUGAGGUCUACGGGGAAGAGGUGUGUGCAUGUAUUCAACUUCGCGAAGGUGCGACGAUGACGAAGAACGAGCUGACGGACUAUUGUAAAGGCAAAAUAUCGCACUUUAAAAUACCGCGUUACGUAGAGUUCGUUGACGAAUAUCCGAAGACAACCACAGGAAAAAUUCAAAAAUUCCGUCUGAGGGAACAAUUGGAAGAUAGUGGUGUGAUACCAGAGAGACCGAAACAUUCAUAAUUAUCGUAGACAAUAGUAAUGAAUUUUGAGGAUAAUCUAUAAUAAUACGAGAGAAUUAGAAACUUAACGACGAUAUUGUAUUGUACUUGUAAGGAAACAAUUAACAGAACUCGGAAUUACAUGUAAUAAUGUGCCAAUGAAUCCGUUUUCAACGUUGUGUUUUAAUCUUCUGCGGUUGCAUUGGAAUGUACGCCACAAUUAUUUUGUCAGAAUAAUAUAAAAAAUUCAAGUAGUUA